UCUCUCAGGCGCACGACAACGUUGAAAACGUAUCCAAUCUCUGGACUGGAGGAUAACCGAGAAGACAUGUUGAAAGCCUCCCACUCUAUACGGCCAUCCGAAAGCUUACAUCCACGACAACAUUUUCACUGGCAUAUGGCACAUUUUCUCCGAGUUGCUCUUGCCGUCAGUGUUACAGUGUUGGCUCUGCUAAGAAUAUGGCCUACUACUCAAUGGCAUUGCCAUUUUGAAUCGGAACCAAUACCUCAUUCGGAUCUUCGAAGUGCAGAUGACCCUCGCCUCGAGGCUUAUGGGGACCCAGCUACUGCCAUAUCUUGCAAGUCGCUUUCGGAUCAAGACUCCAUCUCGCUGUCGCUUCCAUCCGACGCUGCUUUACUCUUCUUUCUCUCUCGCGGGCCAAUAUCCGGCCAAUUCCGUCUUUCGAAAGACGCGACUGCGUUGUCCAACUCCGUGGAGCUUACGGUUUCGACGGAGGACGCUUCUCUAGAAGCACAAAUCUGUCGCAUGGGCUCUGACACGGCAAACGAGCACGGCCUUUUACUCUGGGCAAAUCCAGAGGAACCUCGACCGACCAUUAAAGUGCUUAUUACGGUCCAAUUACCCACCUACGAAUUCUUUUAUCAAGACUUCAGCGCUCACCUCCCGUUUUUCGCCUACGAUAUUGACGACCUAUGGACACAAUACGCCGCGUUCGAAAUUUUGCGUCUGAAGACUGUGGAUGCUGAAAUCACUUAUGAGGGAUUACUCGCUAGUUCGAUAUUCUUGCAAACGAGCAACGCCAAUGUCAGCGGCUUUUCCGACGGAUACGAGCUUGACGUUUGCACAAGCAACGCCGCAAUCGAGGCCAUCAGCAGGUUUCAGGCAGAGGAACCAGGCCAAGUCUUGCGACUGAAUCUCAAGACAUCUAUUGGGCAAGUGAAAACCCAUUUUGACGGUGUACUUUCUCAAUCAGCAAACCGUUUAGCCCAAUAUAUAGCUCUCCUGCUGUGUUUUCUCCAUUCAAGAAUCUUGUUCUGCUCGCCGACAUCCACACAUCUCUUGGCCCGAUCCUCAUCCAGCCGCGUCUCCCCCUACCAAGCCUUAACACGACAUUGCACUUAG